AUGCCUCAACACGUAGAAGCUCAUGAAGGUGCUUCUCCCACAGAAAGCACUGCUCCAGUACCUGAUUUGUUAUCGGGUGAUAUCCAAGAUGACGGUGCUCAAGAAACAACUGAUUCAUCUUCUAAUCAAGCCUCGAGUGACACAAUGAAGGCUGUUGCAAAUCUAGACAUUGGUGAUCUUAUUAGCUUCGAUGAACCAGGUGAGGAAUCAUCUGAAUUGAUUGACAAUAAUCCCCUUGCUCUAGCUAUUGUCGAUUCUGAGAAUCCUCCAUAUUACGAAAACGUUAAGAGCUCAGCACCUGCAUCUACAGGUUGGGAGCUUGCGCUUUGUAAUUCACCAACCUCCAAUGGAGCUGCUGUUGCCGAUAAUAAAAUGACCGGUCGAUUGAACGGAUUAACACCACAAGGUGUAUUAGCAACAAAUCAGCAAAUGGCCUUCAACUUCGGUCCGGUGUCGGCCAACCCUUUCGACAUAAAUUACAACAGUCGGGGUCCCUUUUAUGGAAGCAGCUAUAUCACACACCAAACCGAUGUACAAAUGCCAGCCAGACCUCAACACCCAAUUUACUUCAUGCAACAGCAGCCUCACAUGGCCAUGACUGGUUACCAUUCAUUCAACCCUCUUGUCAUGGCAGAUUACAACCAGGUUCCCACUUUUUAUGGAUGCAGUAACGCGACACCUUUGACUAGUAAGACACUGGCCACCAUGGCUCCACAUCAAGCUGACCUAAUGCAGCAGCCUGCAUUGGCCAUGGUUGACUAUAAUCCACCCAAACCUUCCGGGAACCCCUUUGAUAUGUGAAAAUGGCAGCCAUGGCUCCGCAAUAAAAUGACAUAAAGCAGCUUUAAACGAACAUAUGCCAGGAUUAUAGGGAAUUUUAAUGCUUGUAAACCCCAAACAUGAACCUAUAGAGAUAAUAAAUUGUGUCUUUCGAAAC